AUGAUGCCGGCUACUCCAAAGGAAAAGGCCCAGGCUUCAGCCCGCCUCAAAGAUCCCGCCCAGGCUAAACAAGUGAAGGUCUGGUCUCGCGGCGAUCUCCUCGAUGUCAACUCUUCUGGGUCGACUGUGACCAAAAAGCGCAAGAGGGGAAUUCGAUCUAGGACCAAGCGCCUAAGGAUGAGUUCCUCGAUGGAGACCAUAUCCCCAGAGUCGACUACCUCCAAGACCUCUCACAAGCGCUCACCCAAAAAGGAGCAUAGGAGAGACAGCAGUGCGGCCAAGUCUGCCAUCCCACCUGGAAUGCAGCAGCUCACAUCUCCCGAGCACACUCAGCCUGAACUCUCCCCCAAAGCGUCGUCGGAGCAGAAGGCUGCGAAGGACUCUGCUUCUACCAAGCACACAACCCCACUUGAGCUCCCAGAUUUUCAGCCUUCAGAGUUCAUAUUUCCCCACGAGUUGGAAUUGGGUCCAUUUGACUGUUCAUCUGACGAGAGGGGGACUUCCUACAAGCCAACCUCCGACUCCCUGUCUGAGAAGCACGACGAAGUCCCCACCCCGUACACCCCGGCUUUGCGCGUGGUCUCGCAGUACAAACAGUGUAUCUCGAGCCAACGUGGGGGCAAGUGUGAUAUAUGGCUGGCGCGCCAGAUGUAUGGUGAGUUGGAGGAUAUCUCUACUCGCAUUGAAAAAGUUAUGCAUGGGAUCACGGCGAUGCUGGAGGAGAGGGGGGCGAGCGAUGAAUUUGAUGCAGGUGGUGAUUUUGAGGGUGCUGGUGAUUAUUAUUUUGAGACUGAGGAGUCUCCUUGUGCGUCCAAGGGUGGUGGUCCUGAGAAUCCGUUGGAGUUGAGCGAUGGAGAUGAUAAUGCACUUUUUGUGGGCUCUGAUGAACGCGCUUGCUCUGAUGAGUUUGGUGGCUUGUUUGUGAGUGAGUAG